UUGACCUCGGCAAUACUAAUAAUACUGUUAGUAAUAGUACACACGGUGUUUAACCUAAUACAGGCCGGUUGUUCUAUUUACAUCAGUUUUGAGUGGAAAAAUAGUACAAGAGUAACUUUUUGGAAGAAUUUCAUAGUUAAAAUGAAUGAAAAAAGGAAGCUAUUCAAGAGAACUCUGACGGAAAUAGUUAGACAAUUGUGUAAGAACGAGUUCUAUACAGAAGAGAAAUUUUCAAUCAAUGGCGUAAUUGGUGUGGUUUUAUCGGAAGGAGAAAACUUUUUAAUUCAUAUCAACGAAGAUAUUUUGAAAGAUGAAAAAAGAGCGGAACCGUAUUUCUGCGACGUACUAGAUGAGUUCGUAGAGAGCGAUAAUACAGCAAAAGAAGUUGAAGAAGUUGAAGCGACAAGCGAAAAAACGGUUACAGGGCCAACUAAAGUAAGCGAAGAAAAUUUAGAAAUUGUCGUUAUAUCCCCGGAAGAAGUUGCUUUUGAUAAAGAAGAAUCGACCAAUCAUAGUGAUGAAGAAAACAAAUUAGAUUUAGCAACAUUAACAAUGACUUCCUUCCCGCUUCAGCAGAACGAUAUGAACACUAAUCAGUGGGAAAAGGAAAGACUUACAACUGUUUCAAUGCACUCCCAUUUAAGUAAAAGGGGCAUUAAGAAGGGGUCAAAAAAAUCAUUCUCGUGUGGAAUAUGUAAGACGUGCUUUAAGUAUCGUACCAGCUUAAACCUGCACAAAAAAAUCGAACAUUCAUCUGGCAAGUUAACAUUUAGUUGUGAAUUUUGUAACGCCUCUUUCAGUGAACCGGGAACACUCAACAAGCAUAAAUUAACUAUUCAUUCGACUACCAAACCUUAUGCUUGUGAAUUCUGUAAAGCAUCUUUUAAGCAGAGAGGUAAUAUGAUAAGGCAUGUAAGAACGGUUCAUUCUUCUUACAAGCCUUUUUCUUGUCAAUACUGUGAUGCAUCUUUCAAACUAAAAGCGCCUUUGGAAAGGCAUCAAAAAUCAAAACACUCAAUCAAGCAUUCUUCCCCUUAUACGUGUUCACAUUGCGGUGAUUCUUUCAAAAGAGACAGCUCUCUACAGAGUCAUUUAGUCAACUGCUCAGCCAAAUAGAAUACUUAACUAACAAGAGAAUGAGACUUAUUUGUGAACUAAUUUUAGAGUUAGUUCGUUUUUUUUCCUUUUUUUUAUACAGUUUGCCUUUUUUUUAGUGAAUCAUUUUUGUACGUCUUUUAGUCUGUUGAGUCGAAAUAAAUUUUCUUCAAUUGUUAUUAUGGUGAAAGAAAAGAAGGU